UCUCAAACUUUUAAUUAUUUUUGUUUUCCCUUUUACAAUUAUAAUUUCUUUUCCUAUCAUUUCUGCCCUUUACAUAAUGAAAAUGGAAGAUUCCCAAUCAUCCCCUCCACUCUGUAGGAAACAGACAUAAUUGCCCCCAACAACCAAUCCUUUUCGCUUAUAUACAAACCUGCCCUCUUAAGCUAUUUAUUUCCCUUUCAUCUUCUCCUUCUCUGCAAAACUCCCUAACCCACCUUUCAAUCAAUAUUUAUAUACAUAUAAAUAUAUAUAUAUCCAUCAAUCUUUUUCACACUUUUUCUUCUUCCCAUGAUGAGUCAUUCUUCUUCCUCCACUUCUGUCAAUGGCUUCUACAACUUCCUCACCAGAGGCAUCGACGACCUCGAUCGCAUGUUUCUGUCCCAGGAUUUCAUGUCCUUCCAUUUCCUCCAGCAUGUCUUGUCGUCUCUCCGAUCUUUCCACUCCCAACUGAUCACUCUGGUUCAGAAGCUCCGGCUCCCCGUCGGCGACAAAUGGCUUGAUGAAUAUAUGGAUGAGAGCUCUAGGUUGUGGGAGGCUUGCCAUGUUCUCAAAUCUGCAGUUUCUAGCAUGGAGAAUUAUCACUCCGCCGGCGCUAAUCUUGCUUCUUCUCUCCACGAUCACCGCAUUCUUAACCUCCAGCUUUCCCGACAGGUUUUGAGGGUGAUCAAUGGGUGCCAGAGGGAGAUAGUGGUAUUGGAGGAGGAGAACAAGAGCCUAAUGGAGAAUAGAGUGCAGGGAUUAUCGCUAAGAUUCGACGAAAACGUGUUGAUGAUAGAAUCGAAGUUCAAUGGCUUCAGCGGCUUCCGGGGAGUUCUCUACGCGAUGAGGAACGUCACUUCUUUGCUGCUUUUAAUCUUGAUCAGCGGCCUGGUUUACUGCUGGCCGGAAACAACCUUGUACGACCGGGGAACGACGACAACCUACGAGGGGAACAUGGUUUUCGGGUCGUCGUUCAUGGUGUCGGCGGCGAGGCUGCACCAGAGAGUGGCGGCGGCGGAGAUGAGCCACGGCGGCGGGGGGAUCAUGGCGCACGAGUUCCGGCGAGCUCGGGCGGCCAUGGAGGAGGUGAAAGCGGAAAUGGAGCGCGGGAUAAUGGAGUAUGAAUCGCGGGGGGAAGUGAUGAGCAUCCAUGAGGAGAAGAUGGAGAGGUUGAAAGAUUGCUUUGGAAUGUUGAAAUGUGGGGCAGAAAGCAUAAUUGGCCAACUUGAUGACUUCUUUGAUGAAAUAGUUGAAGGCAGAAAGAUGCUUUUGGACAUGUGCACUCACCGGUAGAAACCACAAAAACAUAAACAAAAAACAAAGCAAAGAGGGAUUCGCAUUGCAUUGCAGGCAGCCAUAGUUGGUAGACAGACAAGAAGAGGUGAAGUAUAAGGAAUCACUUGGGGGGUGGGGGUGGGGGUAGUAGUUUUUUUUUUUUUUUUGAGUGACAAGAAAAUCUGUCGUCACUGUCCGAGGGUCUGCACUAAGUAAACUCGUCAAUCUGUCAUCAGUGCUCGAGGGUCUGUAGUGGGUAAACUUGGCGAAUGACGAAAAUACCCUCAAUCACGGUCUGAGAGUAUCCACAGGAUAAACUUUGUAUUAUGACCAGGCAGGCAAAGGAGGUGGGGUAGUAGUUUUUCAUUAGACUUUCCAAGUUUUAACCAAAUGUUUUUAUUUAUUUUUCUUUAUUUUUCCCACUUAUGUACUUACAAAAUCAUGUCCUUUUCCUUGUGAAAGCUUUGUGUCUUCCCCUUAAUAUACUCUCUGCAGAAGCUUUAAGGAGAAGACUAGUUAAGAAAAA